AUGGAGGAAGGCGAAUAUCAAGUAAUGGAUGUGCUUGCAAGGAACUCCCAAAGGUCCAUGUACUGGAUCCCCCACAUGUGGGCAGCGAACAUCGCCCAACAAGCGCGGGUGGAGAAUCGGAUCGAGAGCGACGUCGGUCUCCGGGGCGUGAUCGAUGCAUUGACUGCGCUUCGUCGGACCUGUGCAGUCUGCCAACAAGUGGAGUAUGUCGAACUUCCGCUCGUCUACACGCAGUUGGUCGUAUACGUCGGAUGGCUGAAAGUGGCUUUGUCCCUCAUCGAUCCAUAUGGCGAAGAUGAAGCUGAUUUUGAACUCAACUGGGUCAUCGACCGUCACAUCAGAAUCGCACACGUGAUGGAAGGGGGGCUGAAUGUGGAUUUCGAGCGACGUACAUGGAGCGAGACGUUCCCUUGGCUCUUCAAGAAAGAUUGGACGUCCAAUUGGAAGCGAAGUGCCUCCUCUGAAAUGAUGAACGGGAAGGAAAAGGCAGAGGAACCGAAUCCGGAGACUAAAGAGGAUAUGAACCCCGUCGGCCCAGGGGUUCUCGUGACCACGACCCUCUACCGAUUAAUGAAGUAUGAUGAAAAUAGCUACCUGCCGGCACGCUGCCAGGAAUGAUCGAUCGACAUUCGAACCAGUGUUCGAAGGCAACACCAACUGCGACGAUGACGACACGGACGCACUUUUCGGAGGGGAGAAGUAAUUCCAGACCUCCCCAACCAGGCACAUGAUACAUUUGCACUUACCCAAAGAAUUACCCAACCCCAUGACUAAGACCGUCAGCGGUUCACA